AUGAGCAUUGCAUUAUAUAAUGAUUUACUUUUUACAUCAAAGAAUUUUGACCCGAAGAUUUACGUACUUGAUCGUCAAACAAAUAAUCAAAUAACAAACAUCGGUGAUUUGAAUUUGGCUGAAACUCGUAAAUAUAUGUUUAUCAAUAAUGGUGAAAUAAUGAUCGCAAUUGGUCCAAGUUUCAUGAUAUUAACUAUGUUUCGAGUUAAUUUAGCGUCAAAUUAUACAGUUGAGCAAUUUCUUGCAUAUCCAUUCCCUACAGUACACAGACUCGCUAAAGUCAAUGAUACAUUGUUUUAUGCGUCGAUAUGGACUAAUCGACGAAUUGUUGCUUAUCGAUAUCAAAAUGCAACAUGGAGCUCGAAAUCAUUUGUAAACGCAACCGGCAGUGGUAGUGCUGCACAUAUAACAGUGGAUGAAUGUGGGCGAAUUUGUUAUAUCAUUGGUUCAUUUGAUUUACGUAUUUUCGAUUCAUUGAUUUGGAGGUGGCACAUUGGAAUAUGA